UCAUUUCUUAUUUAAAAAAAACCGCUUUCUUCAUCUCCAACCCACCAGAAGAAAAAAUGAAAGCCCGAACUCUCCUGACCAUUAUCGUGACCCUCGUGGCAUGUUCCGUCACUUGCAACGUUGCCGCGUCUGGUCAGAACGUGCAAUGGUUCCCUUUCCCGUACCAUCGUCACAUAGGAUGGCCAUUCCUCGGAGGAGCCUUGCCGCCGAUGCCUAGCAAUCCGAUACCGUUUCAGCCCGACCCGAAAGUGACAAAGUGCUUGUCCCACGGAGGAGAGAUCGGCGCUUGCGUCGGAGAAAUCGUCAGCUCGUUCUUCGCACGCAAGGCUGCGAUCGGGCCGUUGUGCUGCAAAGCCGUUAUGAUGGUCGACGAAGAUUGCGAGAACGCGGUUUUCGGAUCUUUCCACAACCCUUUCUUCAAUGCCUACAUCAAGCAGCAUUGUGCCAGCCAAGCUUCUCCGACUCCGGCAUAGAUUUUUUUAUGAGUUUGUGUCGUGUAAUAAAAUAAUAUAUCUGGCUUUGUUUUUUUUUUUUUGAGCUUU